AUGUCGCGCUCCUCGACCACCCUCUACGUCUCCGGCUUUGGUCCCGCAACCCGCGCCCGUGAUCUCGCCUACGAGUUCGAACGUUACGGCCGCCUGGUCCGCUGCGACAUUCCCGCUCCUCGCACCUCUUCCAGCAGACUUUUCGCCUUUGUCGAGUACGAGAGCCGUCGCGAUGCUGACGAUGCCUACCAUGAGAUGCACAACCGCCGCAUCAGUCGCAACGAGGAAUUGAAGAUCGAGUGGGCCAGAACCCCUCCCUCUGCUUCUUGGCGCUUCGAUGCCGGUCGUCCUCCUCGCGGUGAGCGUGGCGACCGUGGCGACCGUGGCGAUCGCGGUGACCGCCGUGACCGUUCUCCUCGUCGCCGUUCCGUCAGCCCUGCUCCGCGUUCCCGCCGUGGCGACCACUCUCCUCGCAAGGAAGACCGCCGUGAACGCGACUACGACCGCCGCGACCGCACCCGCAGCCCCGAAGACCGUGAGCGCGAGAGAGACCGCGAUGUCAGAGACCGUGACGACGACCGUGAGCGUGACACCAAGCGCGAUGAUGACCGCGAACGUGAGGAACGCCCCCGCGAGGAGCGUGAAGAUCGUGAGAGAGAAGAGCGCGAAGAGCGCGAAGAACGCGAGCCCAACGGCGAAGAACCCAAGGAACCCGCUGUGGAGAGUCCUCCUGCCGCCGCUGCCCACGACGACCUUGAUACCGCCGAGUAG